AGAGAGAGAGAGAGAGAGCUCAACAACAUCAGUCGCAAUAACGGCUUAAUCAUUCCUCACCGUGGACGACCGACACCAACCUCAGCAUCUGAAACGCUUUAUUAGACACGAGAAAAAUAACACGCAUUAAGAAAACGACACUUUUUUUUCUGGAGGUGGUGAUUUUUGGUGGAUUUUAAGUGUGAAGCGGUGAAGUCCACCCGGCGGCUCAACACCUUCAGUCACACCGCAGGACAAACUUCACCGGACACACUUCAGACGCACCAUGAAGUACAGCUACUGGAAUCUUUGAAUUGAGUGGAGGAAGUCAAGAGAAGAAAGCCUGGUUUGAAGAAAAAGCAAGCAAAAACAGGGACAAAAGUAUAAAGUUCAUUGGAGAAAGAGAGAGACAAAAAGACGGGGACAAUGGGGAGGAAAAAGAUUCAGAUCACACGGAUUAUGGAUGAGCGCAACAGACAGGUGACGUUUACAAAGAGAAAGUUUGGCCUGAUGAAGAAAGCCUAUGAGCUGAGCGUGUUGUGUGACUGUGAGAUUGCCCUCAUCAUCUUCAACAGUACCAACAAGCUGUUCCAGUAUGCCAGCACAGAUAUGGACAAAGUGUUGCUCAAAUACACUGAGUACAAUGAGCCACAUGAGAGCAGGACCAACUCCGACAUUGUGGAGGCUGUGCCCUCCUCCACCUACGAGAUGCCCAUCCCCAUGAAUAACCAGAUAUACCCAGGCAAUCAUAACCUGCUUCCACUGGCCCACCACGGCCUGCAGAGAAACAGCAUGUCACCCGGGGUCACACACAGACCACCUAGUGCAGGUGGUCUGAUGGGCACUGAUCUCUCCACUGGCGCGGGCACCAGUGCUGGUAAGGACGGCAUCCCCAUAUACUACAGAAAUGGCUAUGGAAACCACCGUAACUCUCCAGGACUUCUGGUGUCCUCCGGAGGCAUGAACAAGAGCAUGCAGGCCAAGUCCCCUCCACCGGUGAACCUGGGGAUGAACAGCCGUAAACCUGACCUACGGGUGCUCAUCCCACCCGGGGUCAAGAACAACAUGCCCUCUAUUUCUGAGGAUAUUGACCUUCUAUUGAAUCAGAGAAUAAACAACUCUCAGUCUGCGCAGUCACUGGCUACCCCCGUGGUUUCUGUAGCGACGCCCACUCUACCAGGACAGGGAAUGGGCGGCUACCCAUCAGCCAUUUCCACCUCAUAUGGUACUGAUUGA